AUGCAUGCCUCGCCGGCCUGUCGUUGGCUCGUCGUCGCCCACUCCCUCCUCACCUCAGCCCCUAGCGAAAAUAGCCAAGCGCUCUGGCUGACUGACCGGCCGACGUGGCCGGCCCAAUCCUGGCCCACCACCUGGCGCCCCUCCCCGGCGGAAUCUCCCGUGUUCACACUCCCGAAUUACCCAAACACCCUCCUCCACCGGCGACCGCACGAGGGCAGAACCGUCCCUCGCAACUUCCAAGCACGCCCGUGCGACCCGUCCGCCCUCGUGGCCGCACGAUCCCCAGAUCCAGCGGCCGCGGUCGCCCUACCAGAAGCUUCCGGCCCGGUGUAUAUAAGCGCGAGAGGGCCAGUGGCCUCCAUCGUCUUCACCCCCGCUCCUCCUCCCCCACCCCACGCACACCGCACGCGUUUGACAUUUUCCGCCCACCACCACCGGAGGGAGCGAGCUCCAGCCAUGGCCGCCAAGUGCUACCCGACGGUCAGCGACGAGUACCUGGCGGCGGUCGCCAAGGCCAAGCGCAAGCUCCGCGGCUUCAUCGCCGAGAAGAACUGCGCGCCCCUCAUGCUCCGCCUCGCGUGGCACUCGGCCGGGACCUUCGACGUGGCCACCAAGACCGGCGGCCCCUUCGGCACCAUGAAGUGCCCCGCGGAGCUCGCGCACGGCGCCAACGCCGGCCUCGACAUCGCCGUCAGGCUGCUCGAGCCCAUCAAGGAGCAGUUCCCCAUCCUCUCCUACGCCGACUUCUACCAGCUCGCUGGAGUCGUCGCCGUCGAGGUGACCGGCGGGCCUGAGGUCCCCUUCCACCCGGGGAGACAGGACAAGCCCGAGCCUCCUCCAGAAGGCCGUCUUCCUGAUGCUACCCAAGGCUCUGACCACCUCAGGCAGGUGUUUUCCACUCAGAUGGGUUUGAGUGACCAGGACAUUGUUGCUCUUUCUGGUGGUCACACCCUGGGAAGAUGCCACAAGGAGAGAUCCGGCUUUGAGGGAGCCUGGACCGCCAACCCUUUGAUCUUCGACAACUCUUACUUCACUGAGCUCCUUUGUGGGGAGAAGGAAGGCCUUCUUCAGUUGCCGACCGACAAGACCCUCCUGACUGACCCGGCCUUCCGCCCACUUGUGGACAAAUAUGCUGCGGAUGAGGAUGCUUUCUUUGCUGACUACGCUGAGGCACACCUCAAGCUAUCCGAAUUGGGAUUUGGCGAGGCUGUUGAGGGCUGCUGCUGA